AUGACGAGAAAAAACCAGCAACAAAUCCACAAUGAACAAAAAAAGAUCGAGCUAACGCGCGCGCGUGCCGCAAGAGACGUCGCGUUACGAUCAAUUAAGAAAAUAUUAAGUAUUGCUAAGGAUGCGGUAAUCAAUUCUGAAAAUCGUCCCACAUUAGAAGCGCGAGUUAUGUCAUUAGGUCAACUAGUCACUGAUUUCAAUAAUGAACAAAAACAUAUUCUUUCAACACUCGCGGAGACCGAUGAAGUUGACCAAUUCGUGGAAGUGGAUGAGAACGUCACCGAAACGAUGCAAUCGAUGUGUGACCAGAUCAAUGUCAUUGUAGCAAAAUUAAAACAGAAUACUUCGAUGCCCACUCCGCGCAAUGAUAGGAGUCAGUCUUCUGUGCAAUCACUGAUUUUACCAAGAAUCGAGAUUCCUAAGUUUGAUGGUAAUAUUAUUGAAUGGUGUUCUUUCCGUGAUAUGUUUACAUCCUUGGUGCAUGACAACCAACAUUACGAAGAUAUUGAGCGUUUCCAUUACCUAUUGUUUUACUUAUUAGGUCCAGCGUUAACAAUAGUAAAAGCAGUGCCACUUACAGCUGACAAUUAUUCUAUUGCUUGGAAUGCGCUUAAAAAUCGAUAUGACAAUAAACGCUUAUUGGUCACUGCGCACAUUGAAAAAUUAUUUACAUUCGCGUCGUUAACAAAGGAAUCCCCUGCAUCACUUUCAUUGUUCGUCAACACUUUUCGGGAAAAUGUAUCAGCUGUACAAGCUCUUGGAGUCGGAGACUUGGCGGGAUUUAUAUUAUUCUACAUCGGGUCACGCGUUAUUGAUCCCAUGACACGACGAUUAUUUGAGGCUACUGUUGCGAAAAAUGAAAUACCUGAUUUGAACUCAUUAUUAGAGUUCGCAUCACAACGAUGUAACGUUUUGGAAAACGUUGGCAGCAGUUUGAGCAUUAAUUGUGUGGAAAAUAAUGAAAAGACAGUAGGGAAGACAACUACUAAGAAGAUCCAGGGCAAGAGGUCCGAGAAGACAUCGUUAGCCGCGGUUGCCCCCACCAAGUCAAAAAAGUGUUUAUUUUGUGGACACCCACAUGCAAUUUACAAGUGUUUUGGAUUCCGAAAACUAGCAAUUACCAGUCGUCGCGAUUUUGUCAAUAAAAAUCAAUUAUGUUUUAUUUGUUUGAACAGUGGGCACAUGAGCAAUGCGUGUCCUACGUCUUUUACGUGUCGUACGUGUUCGAGUAAGCAUAGUACAUUACUACAUUUGACAGAUGAUACUACAAAAUCGAGCACCGAUAAGACAAAUGACAACUCCGAACGACCCACCACAAGUUGUAAUACAACAAAGUUUUCGGGAGUUACACAUACUGAAACCACGGUUUUGUUGGGUACUGUUGUAGUCAGGGUUCGGGACAAUACAGGGAUUCUACAAGAAGUCAGGGCAGUAUUAGACAGUGGGUCGCAGGUGUCUGCAAUGACAGUGGAUUGUGUCAACCGGUUAGGUUUGACCCGUAGGAAGUGUCCUGUUGAGGUCAUCGGACUUUCCCAACAACCGGUAAAUACUGUUAAAGGUCAAACUAAUUUUAAUUUUUUUUCUGUUCAAUCCGACGUUCCCGAAUUUAAAGUAACAAAUGUCAUUGUUUUACCUCGAAUUAUGUCAUCAAUGCCUAACAGGGUUUUGCCAGCUGAGAUACGAGAUCGCUAUCGGCAUCUUGUCUUUGCCGACCCCCGAUUUGAUCACCCGGCGCCAGUAGAUAUGUUGAUUGGAGGAGACUUAUAUCCGUCCGUAAUUCAAUCUAGAGCUGACAUUAUACAUACCGAGGGCCUACCAUCAGCGAUGAAUACACAGUUAGGUUGGGUCAUAAUUGGCGCGUUACAGAAUAACACACAUACUCCUCUUACUUCCCUGUCAAUUAGUACAACCCCUCCGAUUGAAGAGUUGAUGCAGCGUUUUUGGACAGUAGAGGAGCCCACAGAGUCCACAAUGCCAACUACACAAGACAAGCAAUGUGAAGAUUGGUUUGUUAGAACCACGAAACGAGACGCCACCGGUCGAUUUUAUGUUGGUUUACCAUUUCGAACGAUAGUAUGUUCCACCGACAUCGGAUGUCAAGAUGAGAAGUCGGUCGUUUUAGGGUCAUCCAGAACUUCAGCUCUUAACCGAUUGUAUAAUUUAGAACGUCGCCUAGAGAAGGAUUCAGCAUUGUAUACUGCCUACCGGGCCUUCAUGAACGAUUAUAGAGCGUUAGGACAUAUGAAGUUAGCGACUGAGCCAGGCAAAUAUUUCAUACCACACCACCCAGUAGUUAAACGUUGUAAUGAAGAACUGAAGAUUCGUGUGGUGUUCGACGCCUCAGCUACGUCUUCAUCAGGAGUCUCAUUAAAUGAAUGCUUG